UAAAAAUAAGAUGGGAAAGAGGAAGGGCAAGAGGGAAGUGGGGAGCAGGCGUGGCGACUUCGGGGCAGUGGGCACUGGGCACUCACUGGCCUGAGACUGCAGCACAGAAGAUCUAGCUGAGCUCAGCAGUGGGGAGGUCAAGGAGCUACAGCAGAUCAAAUGGCACCGGAAGCAACUGCUGGAGGACAUCCAGAAGCUGAAGGAGGAAAUCGCAGAUGUGUUUGCCCAAAUCGACUGCUUCGAGAGCACUGAAGAGAGGUGGUCCAGACCCAGGGGCUGGGGACACUGGUGGAGUUCUCUCCUGAGGAAGGCCCCCUGAGGGAUUGUGGGGGACAGUGGCAUCUGGAGCCACCAUUUUGAUCUUCCCCUGUUCACAGCCGGAUGGCGCAGAGAGAGAAGGAGAUGUGUAUCGGGCGGAAGAAAUUCAACAUGGACCCUGCCAAGGGCAUCCAGUAUCUCACUGAACACAAGCUGCUGACCUCCGAUGUCCAGGACAUCGCCCAGUUCCUGUACAAGGGUGACGGCCUCAACAAGACAGCCAUUGGCACCUACUUGGGAGAAAAGGACCCCAUCAACUUGCAGGUCCUACAGGCCUUUGUGGACUGCCACGAGUUUGCCAACCUCAACCUUGUUCAGGCCCUCAGGCAGUUUCUGUGGAGCUUCCGGCUGCCUGGCGAGGCCCAAAAGAUUGACCGCAUGAUGGAGGCCUUCGCUGCUCGUUACUGCCUCUGUAACCCAGGCGUCUUCCGGUCCACAGACACCUGCUAUGUGCUGUCCUUCUCCGUCAUCAUGCUCAACACCGGCCUGCACAACCCCAACGUCCGGGACAGACCGCCCUUCGAGCGCUUUGUGUCCAUGAAUCGCGGCAUCAACAACGGCAGCAACCUGCCUGAGGAGCAGCUGAGGAACCUCUUUGACAGCAUCAAGAGUGAACCCUUCUCCAUUCCCGAAGAUGAUGGCGGUGACCUCACCCACACCUUCUUCAACCCUGACCGUGAAGGCUGGCUGCUCAAGCUGGGGGGCCGCGUGAAGACAUGGAAGAGACGCUGGUUCAUCCUCACCGACAACUGCCUCUACUACUUUGAGUUCACCACUGACAAAGAGCCUCGGGGCAUCAUCCCUCUGGAGAACCUGUCUGUGCAGAAAGUGGAUGACCCCAAGAAGCCGUUCUGCCUGGAGCUGUACAACCCCAGCGGCCGGGGCCAGAAGGUCAAGGCGUGCAAGACUGAUGGUGACGGCAGGGUGGUAGAAGGCAGACAUGAGUCCUACCGCAUCUCAGCUGCCAACGCUGAGGAGCGCGACCAGUGGAUCGAGGCCAUCAGGGCCAGCAUCACCCGUGUCCCCUUCUAUGAUCUGCUGUCUGCUCGGAAAAAGAAGAUUGCCAGCAAGCAGUGAGUCCUGGGAGAGGCUUGGCAGCCUCGCAGGACCUGUGGCACCCGGAUCCACGCCUCUCAGCCACUGCGCCUGUCCCCACUUGUGAACUAACCCUCCCCGUGACUGGGACUGGCUAUGAGGGGUGGGGUGCCCUGGAGAGCGAAGAGCUUGCAGGGAAGCCCUAACAUCAGCGCUGUGCGCCAGGAAGAACCUACGAGUCUCAUCCUGAACCGCGACAGCCUCGGGUGAGGGUGGGGAGACAAGGCAGCCCAGAGCCUACGACCAGUGUGUCCCACUCUCCCCCUCCCCGGUAGAAGGACCAUGGAUUCUCUGGAAGCUUCCAGUUCAAAGGCAUCCUGCCCCUCAGAUUGGGCCCGGCCCUCCCUGCCAGCACCAGGGACCAGCAUACUCCCAGCUCCAAGCCUGAAGCUCCAGGCAGGCCCCUCCGCGGACUCACAGCCCUUCUCGGGUCUUAUAAAAAUGCAGGGUCUGGACAGGAAACAUCUUGGCCCAGCUGCCUUUGGUCAGCUUGGUGUCCAGGGGAGCUAGGACACCAGGUGGCUGAACCAGACAGACUGUUCUGGGAGGUUCUGAGGACACCGCUGGCACCAUUCUCAAGGGCUUUAACGUGACCAGGGGCGCAGGGGAAGCCCCGAGGAAAUGGCAGCAUCUAUGGCUGGCAGAUCUGAGCUACAGCUGAGAGAAAAGGGAAGGCUGUAGGCUAUGCCCACCGAGAGGGCUGCCUGGAGGCCACAAUGAGGCAUCUGGUGGCACAGGGCUCAUGCUUAACAGACUCCUGCCCAUGGCACCGCUGCUAGAUGCCCGGCCAGCAAAGCUAGGGGGGUGGGGGCCGCAGAAUGGGUCCUUGUUCCUGCCUCCAGCCAGAACAAAGCCAGCUUCCCACACACAACAGGCCCCUGUGUCCCCCGGGGAGGCCCUGCCUGGAGGAAGCUUCUCCCCAGAGCACCUGUACCCCCUAUCCUGCCUGAAGUGCCCCCACACCACAGGGGAAAACUCCUCAGCAGGGCAGCAAGAAACGGGGCUCCUUGUGUCCUGGGCCAGCAUGGACCCUGAGCAGGAGCAGCAGGGGGCCAGCCUGCCUCGCUCUUCUCAGGAGCCCACGGGUGCACACUUCCCACAGGGUCAGGAAGAGAAGUGCCGUGGGGGGUUGAGACUCCUGUCUCUGGAUGGACACACACUUGGGAGCUGGGUACCAGCAGACAGAGCACUUGCUGGACAAUGGGGACUUGAGCUGAGUCCACCUCAGCUGCCCCCAUUUAGGAAUUAAAGGACCCUAAAGUGUU